GUAACUUGUUCCGUCAGGCUCCCAUAAGCUGCUGUUCUCACGUUUACCUCCCUGGGCUGGGUUUCUGAAGACAAUUGUUUUAUGCUACUGAGUAGAAAGCACUGAGAGGAAAGGCAGCUUAAGAAAAAGUGGUACUUUUAAGUUAACUAUUAACCAGAUUCAAACAAGCUCCAGCACAUGUCAAGCGAGGGUAACUAGUUGGGCUGGUGAACAAGGAGGAACUCCAGAGUGAAGAAUAGGCAUGGGGAUACUCUAUUCAGAGAAAUAGCAUCCAAAAUGAACAGAAAAUCCAUUCCACUGUGCAAAGGCUGUAACUUUGGGGCUGAGAGCCGUGUAGCAGCUGCAGGAGUGUCUCCUACCACCAUCUUCUGGAAGGCACCAAGAACUACAGCCUCUGCCAAGUAUUUCAGGCCCAUCUGUCAGGCAGCUUAUAACAACGAUUUCAAUCAAGUUCAUCUGCUUUUGGAAAACAACAGCAACUAUCUGAAUGUCCAGGACAGCUUUGGUGGAGACACCCCCUUAAUUUGUGCAUGCAGACAAGGAAACAACAGGAUAGUGAACUAUCUUCUUAGAAAACAUGCUGAUGUCAACCUCAGAAAUAAGAAGGACCGCACUUGCCUCCAUUACGCUGUGAGAAAACGGUUCACCUUCCUGGACUAUGUGCUCAUCAUAAUCCUCAUGCCAGUUAUGCUUAUUGGAUACCUUCUCAUGGUCUCAAAGACAAAACAGAAUGAACACCUGGUCAAGAUGUUGCUUAGAGCUGGAGUCGAUGUGAAUGCUACAGACUCUUCUGGCAGCACAGCCCUUCACUAUGCUUGUGAAAUGAAAAACCAGGCAGUCAUUCCUCUACUGCUUGAGGCUCAUGCAGAUACUUCUGUAAAGAAUCAGGAUGGGGAGACUCCCUUGGAUAUAGCAAGAAGAUUACAGUUCCACAACAUUGAAAGCAUGAUAAGAAAAGAUUCUUAGCCAUCAAGGACUCAAACAUGAAGAAAAUUACCUCAUCUGACAAUCCACCUUUCACAAUAGCAGAAGUCCAGCAGAUGAUGAGGGCUGAUACUUGAUAAAGACCCAGUCCAUAUCCACCCAUUCCCUGCUGCAGACUUGGACAAUUUUCUGUGAGAUUUGUCAGUACCCUAAGGCCAUGAGAGGGCUGAAAGAAGUUAAUUUUAUUUUCUAAACCAUUAAUUACUUCAAUAGUGUUCAAAAUAUUGCCCUUCCCAUCUGUUUCAUCAAUUUUAUUACUUGACUUCUGCAGACUGUGGAUUUUGAAAGCUAGCUAUAAAAUAUGUAGAAGCCUAAACAUUGCAUAUGAUGGUUGGCAGCCAAUGCAAAAAUAAAAUACCCUUUAGAGUGUGUGUUACUUGUUCCAUAGGGGAACUAAACAAUAUGCUAGAGCAGUUAUAAAAGGUCUGGUACCCUUCUUAGUAUUUCUCUUCUUACAAUGGGAGGGGCUGGGAAAAUAGAUCUCUCAGUUGAGCCCCUCCUCCUUCCAUCCUUCCAACAAUUUUCACACACCUUAAUUCUCACUGUGUUGCUACAAGAGUAGAACUAUCUUUUUUUUGUUUGUUUUGUUGGGGUUUUUUUGUUUGGGUUUUUUUUUUUUUGUUUCCCAUCUAGAAACAGCAAAAAGAGAUUCAAUGCCUUGCUGGAGACCAUAAAGUAAGUCAAUUUCCAGACCACUUUAAUGCAUUAAGAAAUAGUAAAGAAAAUGUGUUUGGCUCAGUAGAGAAACAGGUCUCUUGACUACUUUUCCAAUAUAAACAGUGUACUAAAGAAAAAAAAGAGUCAAUAAAUGAAAUGCUGUUGAUGGAAACCAGAUGUAUCAUUCCCCUGGGACUAGACAGGAUAGCAUGCUGCAGAGUGGUGCAUGCAGCAGAGGAUAAUACCAAUCAUAAUAAUAAUAUAUCCAUGAGUCUUCUCUUGCAUAGGUGAAGGCAGAAGAAAACCUGCAGUGAUAAGCAAUGUAUGAAAGUGGCCCAGUGCUUUGUGAUUUAAUAAUGCAGCAAUAAAAGGGAAACUCCUUUUAUA